AUGAAGCACGACCACUGGCUCAAGGCUGCGUCUGCAGCUGUCUUGCUUUUCCCAGGUCCUUCGGCAGCUUUCUGGCGACUUCCCUGUCGUGGACGUGCUGGAGUGGCUCGUAUAGAUCCCUUGAUGGCGCCAGGAAGGAUCUCUGACCAUGUCCACGUUGUCCAUGGAUCUGGCAAUUUCGCAGAGACAGCUGACCAGGCCACCCUUCGCGAAGCCGACUGCACUUCGUGCGCCGUGACUCAGGAUAAGUCUGCCUACUGGACUCCGGCUUUGUACUUUCAGCAUGCGAAUGGGACGGCGGAGCUGGUCGAGCAAGUGGGCGGUAUGCUUGUAUACUACCUCUUGUACGGAGAAAACGUCACUGCAUUCCCGAACAACUUCCGCAUGAUUGCUGGCGAUCAGUUCCAGCGAAACUUCACCUGGCCAGUCCCCGAUCCGCCCAAGUCGGAGUGGUCCGGCGCUCAGGCAUCGCAAUUCGCCCUGCGGCAGAAGGCAAUCGGUUUCAACUGUCUCAACUACAACGCUGCUCCGGAACCGUCUCUCUAUCGCCAUUACCUGCCAGACAAGGCGUACUUGGACGAGAACUGCCCGGAUGGAGUCCGCUUCGAACUGAUGUUCCCUUCCUGCUGGAACGGCAAGGACGUGGAUUCCCACGACCAAAAGUCUCACAUGGCCUAUCCGAGCGAAGUCAUGGAUGGCGUCUGCCCCGAAGGCUUCGAGACGCGGCUCGUUUCGCUGUUCUACGAAACGAUCUGGAACACGUACGCGUUCAAGGACUGCGAAGGCGAGUUCGUCAUUUCCAACGGCGAUCCGACCGGUUACGGCUACCACGGCGACUUCAUCCAGGGCUGGGACCCGGACUUUCUGCAGCAGGCUGUCGAUACCUGCACCAACCUGUCUGGAGAGGUCAGCGACUGUCCUCUCUUCGAUUUGCAGGACGACGAAGCGCAGGGAGAAUGCCGCUUCGAUGUGCCGUAUGCAGUGAAGGCCGAGGAUGUCUUCGCGCAUCCCACGGGCAUACCGGGAAACGUCCCCAUCCAGUCUGGGCCUGCGUACGCGACGGAGUGGUGGACGACGGCGACGAGCACGUCGUCAUGCUCGAGCGAAAUCUCCACUGGCUUGCCUAGCAUACUGCCGACGACCAUCACGCCGUCCACAACAGCUCCUUCAUCUCCCUCUCCUGCCGCCCCAACAAGCAGCACCUCUUACACGACCGUCUCCGAAGACGUCGAAUACGACAUCGUAGUCGUGAAGGAAGAAGUCGUCGUUCUGCUCGGCGAAGACGGUGAGCCCGUGGCCACUACGACGGGCAGCCCCCUGACAGUCGCUACAUCGACAUCCACCUCGUCCACCAUCAUAACCGAACCUAUCGUUCAAGCGACAGGCGUUGCACAGCAGGACCAUGGUGCUACAGCCGCAGCCAAACGAGACCAAGUCCCUGGCCACCGUCGCGCGCCUUCGCAAAUCCACAACAGACACGGACAUGGCCACGCCCAUCGAAGAAGGGAGUACCAAGCAGGCGUAGGAGGAUGGUUCUGA